AUGAAGUACCGAUCGACUCGUGGACAAGUCAAGGAUUAUUCCUUUGAGGAAGCCGUCAUGGCUGGUCUUUCACCUGAUGGUGGUCUUUUCAUUCCUCAACACAUUCCUCAAAUCCCUGCGAAUUGGCGUCAAGCCUGGGCCAACCUUUCUUUCCAAGAACUCGCUGUCGAAAUCUUGAGCAUGUAUAUCGAUGAUUCCGAAAUCCCUCGGGCCGAUUUGAAGGGUUUGGUGGAGCGAUCGUAUGCAACCUUCCGUGAUAAGGACGUGACCCCUUUGCAAAAGAUCCGUGAUGGUCUUUAUGUCCUUGAACUUUUCCAUGGUCCUACUUUUGCCUUUAAGGAUGUGGCUCUUCAAUUUGUUGGCAACUUGUUUGAAUACUUUUUGGAACGUCGCAACCGUACCGAUACAUUAGGCAAGGUGCAUCGUUUGACCGUUGUAGGUGCUACAUCCGGUGAUACUGGCAGUGCUGCUAUCUAUGGUCUUCGCAACAAGAAGAAUGUCUCUGUAUUUAUCCUUCAUCCUCACGGCCGUGUCAGUCCUAUCCAAGAAGCUCAAAUGACCACUGUAUUGGACAACAAUGUGCACAAUCUCUCUGUACAGGGUACCUUUGAUGAUUGUCAGGAUAUGGUCAAGACUCUCUUUGGUAAUAAGGAAUUCAAUGAUCGCCAUCAUCUUGGUGCUGUCAACUCGAUCAAUUGGGCUCGUAUUCUUGCACAAACCGUUUACUACUUCCACGCCUACUUUUUGACCUUGCGUUCACUCAACAUUGAUCCCGCCUCCCCUGAAGCUGAUGCCAUCAAGAUCAACUUUUCGGUCCCCACUGGCAACUUUGGUGAUAUUUUGGCUGGUUACUUUGCUUAUCGUAUGGGAUUGCCUGCCAACAAGCUUGUUGUUGCUACCAAUGAGAACGACAUUUUGUAUCGAUUCUUUGAGAGCAAUGCUUACGAGAAGCAAACGGGUGCUGAUGGCAAUGUCAAGGAAACCUUAUCACCUGCCAUGGAUAUCUUGGUGUCCUCCAACUUUGAGCGAUUGUUGUGGUAUCUUGCACGUGAAUUUGAACAAGGUGAUGACGCCACUGCAUCGGAUGCUGCUGGAUGCACUGUAGCUGGAUGGAUGCAACAACUCAAGGAUCAAGGAAGUUUCCGUGUCAGCGAUCAAGUCGUUGCCUCUGCACGCAAGAUCUUUGAUUCAGCCAAUGUGACGGAUGAACAAACCUUGUCCACCAUUCGUCAAUACUAUGAACCCGCUACCAACCAAGCCAAGUACGUCCUCGAUCCCCAUACAUCCGUUGGUGUUACUGCUGCCGAUCGUCUCAGUGAGCAACGUCAAUUGACCGCAUACCCCAAGGGCAACCAUGUCAUGAUUUGCCUUGCUACCGCUCACCCCGCCAAGUUUUCCGAUGCUGUGGAAACCGCUCUCAAGCCCGUUGAAGGUUUCAACUUCCAAAAGGAUGUCUUGCCCAAGGAGUUCAUUGGUUUAUUAGACAAGGAACGCAAGGUGGUUGCUGUUGAACGUGCUGAUCCACAACUUAUCAUGGACGUCAUUGAGCGUGAAUUGCGCACCGAAGGCAUCCAAUUCUAG